AUGGCUGCAGUAAUUGCUCCCAGACUGCUGUUACGCUGUGCCCGGCAGGUCGGCAGGCGGCAAGCGGUGUUGGCGCCAAUAUUCCAGCGAAGAGCAGCCUCAUCGAAGCAUCCCAAGGGCUUUGCGCCGCCAGCAAAGGAAGACCUGGACGAGCUGCGGGAACGGGUACAAGAGUUCACGAGAAGGGAGAUACCCGAAGAGGUGGCACAGAAAACGGAUCACAGCAAUGAGUUCCCCAUGGAUAUGUGGAAGAAGAUGGGCGAGGCUGGUUUCCUAGGCAUAACGGCAGACGAAGACUACGGCGGCCUGGCAAUGGGUUAUCAGGCGCACUGUGUGGUUAUGGAGGAGAUAAGUAGAGCAUCAGCAGGCAGCAUCGGGCUCUCCUACGCCGCCCACAGCCAGCUCUGCAUAAACCAGCUCAUGCUCAACGGCUCCGAGGUCCAGAAGCAAAAGUACCUCCCGGGCUUGAUAUCGGGUGAGAAGGUCGGCGCACUAGCAAUGUCAGAACACUCUGCCGGCUCCGACGUUGUUAGCAUGAAGACGACAGCCAAAGAGGCGGACGGCGGCUACAUCCUCAAUGGCACGAAGAUGUGGAUCACCAACGGUCCGGACGCGCACCAUGUCAUCGUAUACGCGAAGACAGCACCGGAUGCCGGCAGCAAGGGCAUCACAGCAUUCAUUGUGGACACAAGCGCGAAGGGCUUCUCGGUAACGAAGAAGCUUGAUAAAUUGGGCAUGCGGGGUUCAAACACCGGCGAGCUUGUCUUCGAGGACGUCUUCGUGCCGAAAGAGGAUAUUGUUGGUGAAGUCAAUAGGGGAGUCAAAGUGCUCAUGGAAGGGCUGGAUCUGGAACGCUUGGUAUUGAGCGCCGGACCGCUUGGGAUCAUGCAGGCGGCCCUUGAUCUAGUUCUUCCUUACACCCACACCCGCACCCAGUUCGGCAUCCCCUUAGCACACAACCAGCUCGUGCAAGCCAAGCUCGCAGACAUGUACACUAAACUCGCCGCCUCUCGCGCCCUCACCUAUGCCACCGCCGCCGCCGUCGACAACACCGCGACAAUCCGCACGCAAGACUGCGCGGGCGCGAUCCUCUACGCUGCCGAGCGCGCCACCGAAUGCGGCCUCGAUGCCAUCCAGCUGAUGGGCGGUAUGGGUUAUGUUAACGAGGUCAGCGCUGGCCGGCUGCUCAGGGAUGCAAAGUUGUAUGAGAUUGGGGCGGGAACGAGCGAGGUUAGGAGGAUUGUUAUUGGGAGGGCUUUUAACAAGGAGUAUGCGCAAUAA